AUGCCCCUUGUGAGCCCUGCAACAAGUGAAGCCGGGAUUCUCUCCCUGAGCUUCAAUCAGGACAACUCCUGCGUGGCUGUCGCAACUCUGGAGGGCAUAAGAAUAUUUGGCACUGAUGUGCGACGGGUGCUGUACAGUUAUGAUGUUGGGGCUGUGAGCCUUGUUGAGAUGCUCUUCUGCACAAGCUUGAUGGCGUUUGUUGGGGCAGGUGAGCAGCCUGCCCUCACUCCCAGGAAGCUGGUUCUCAUGAACACAACUUCUCAGAAGGUCAUCAAGGAAUUGACCUUCCCCGCUGCAAUUCUUGCAAUAAAAAUGAACAGGAGGAGGUUGGUGGUUGUGCUGGAGAGGAAGGCCUAUGUUUAUGAGCUGGACACGCUGUCCCAGUUGAGAGUGUUGGACACGCCUCCCAACCCAAAGGGCGUUUGCACGUUGUCAUCUGGCACAGAUCCAUGCUACCUGGGGUUGCCAUCAUCAUCAACAUCGGGCGUGAUGCGAAUCUACGAUGUGAUGGUUGAUGGUGGCAAUGUGUUGUGCGAAAUCAAUGCUCACAAGGGUGCAUUGGCUUGCCUUGCGAUCAAUCAUGAUUCAACAAUGAUCGCGUCGGCUUCCUUGAAAGGGACCAUAAUUCAGAUACACAGCUUACCUCAAGCUCAGAGGACCUUGAAGUUGAGGAGGGGCUCCACGCCUGCCACCAUCCACUGUCUUUCUUUCAGUCCAGCUGGAGUGGAUCCUCCUCUGUUGGCUGCGGCAGGCAGCCACGGCACGAUACAUGUCUUCAAACUGGAAGAUGCUGACAAGUCCCCUGUGAUGACUGUUGCAUCUGCUGCUGCAGGGGUGCUCUCUGCGGUCACAGGCUAUGUGGUCAAUGACAUGAUCGACCCUGUUCGAAGCACAGUGUCUGUUUCUCUUCCCUGCCAAGGUGUGCCCUCCAUUUGUGCUGUUCUGAACACUGCCAAUGUGGAAGAUGAUGGAGAUCAAGAACACGAUAGUCAGAACAGUCCUGUGGACCCAGAGUCAGAUGGGGUGAUGCUUGUUGUGGCCACAGCAGAUGCGUUCUUGUAUGAGUACCGUAUAUCAGAUUUCAGGUCUGGCGAUGGUCCGAAGGCAGUUCGCUCAGGAGAGUGCCGGCUCUUGGGGACAAGGAAGCCCAGGUAG